UAAACCCCACCCCAAGGGACCCCCCCCCCCCGCCUACGCCGACCCCAGCCUUUCAAGAUGGCGGCGAGGAAGGCAAUAUGGCUGCUCAGUAUUUCAGUUUUAUGCUGGUGUAUUGUUGGGGUCUUAGGAGAAGAGGAUGUACUCUCAGAGGAAGAGCUGCAGUUGGUCUUCGGGAGGAGAGAAACAGUGCCAAAGUACAACCUCGUGGUGCCACGGGUGUCUGGAGACGGAUGGCACCCAAGGAGGAGCGCCCGGUCGGCUCCAGAGGCUCCUACUCUCAAGUUCGAUGCUCUAGGACGGUCCUUCAACUUCAAACUACAGCGCAACACGGAAUUAAUAUCGCCCGAGUUCGUGUUCAUGCAGCGGAACGGCGACGAAGCUGACAUCAUGGACCUGGACGAACGGAAUUACGAGAUGUACUACCAGGGCGUCGACGACACGGGCGACUCCAACAUCGCGGUCGAACUGAGCAAUAAUAUUCGCGGCGUGAUCACCAGCGCCUCCGACCAGUACGUGAUCCAAGCCCUUCCGGAGACUGUGACACGCAGGAGGCGCAGUAUUGAACCCGAGAGAGAGCGAGACGACGACGCCCUGCCGACACACAUCGUUUACCGCAGAGAGAGUCACGAUGAAGAAUGUCCAUCGGAGAGCCACUCGCGACGUCGCAGAUCUUUCAUCUCAGACACGGAGGAGAUUUCACGGAUGGAGGCCCAGCAGGAGGAGUCGAGGGCAGCCCUAGGAGCACGCGAAGGCAGGAGAUCCUACUACGACAGCUUCGAACAUGUCGUAGAUGAACAGUUACGGUCGGAGUGGCAUCGCGACAACCGCUACGGGCCAGAGGGACACGAGGACACCAGAGCCAGGGGUUUCCGAGGCGAAGACCUGUACAUUGAAACGGCUGUGUUUGUUGACAAGGACCUGUACCGGCACAUGCAGGAUAACUUCCCGAGGGACACGGAGGACCAGGUGCUCAAGGUGGUCCUCGCUAUGGUCAACGCUGUACAACUCCUCUACAACGACGACACUCUCGGCCACAGGAUCAAGUUCGUCCUCAAGCGCCUCGAGAUCUUGUACAAGGACCCGACGGACCUGCACCGCCCUUACGACAUCGACAACCUCCUGACGAACUUCUGCUCGUGGCAACGCAAGGAGAACCCGCCCAGGGACAGCGACCCUUUGCACUGGGACCACGCCCUCAUCCUCACCGGCCUCGACGUCUUCACCAUCAACUCUAAGGGCAGGGUCAACUCACAGGUCGUCGGUCUGGCUCCGGUCGCAGGCAUGUGCACGCCAUCCAGCUCCUGCACCGCCAAUGAAGGUCGCCAUUUUGAAUCUGUUUACGUUGUGGCGCACGAAAUCGGCCAUAACCUAGGGAUGCGCCACGACGGUCUCCAGGCAGGCAACAACUGCGACCCCGGCAGGUACCUCAUGUCACCGACCCUGGGUUCCGGCAAGAUCACCUGGUCUUCCUGUUCGAAGCGCUACCUUGAUGAUUUCCUAAGUACACCGCAAGCAGAGUGCCUGCGGGACUCGGCGCGCCCCCUGCGUGACCCGCUCAACCACGAGCAGUAUUCUCCGCCGGGACAGCGGUUUUCGGCCGACCAGCAGUGCAUGUUGAAGCACGGCGUCGGCAGCAUUCACGCGGCAUCGCAGCCCCUAGCGGACAUCUGCCAGGACCUGCACUGCCUCCACAGAGAUCCCUACACCUGGACAUCGCAUCCUGCUCUCGAAGGAACCACCUGCGGCCACAGAAAGACAGAAAAUAGCAAAUGUGAUAUUUUCCCCACAAUUAACGCCUUUGAAAUCGUUCUCACAUUUCGAUUCCCUGUCCCCAGUGGUGUCGCAGAGGGCGCUGUGUGGACGACGCCCAGGCCCCUACCCUGCCCCUUGGAGGGCGAGUGGGGGCCGUGGUCUGCCUGCAACUCCGAGUGUCUGUACAGCGUCGACGGCGUGUUGUCUUCGGGAAGUACGGGUCUCUCGCUGUCGGAGAGGCGGUGCAGGACGUGCCACGGCGAGUACAGGUACCGCGUGUGCUCGGCGGUGCAGAAGUGCAGCGCCGGCCGCCGCAGGACCGUGCAGGACUUCGCCGACGACACCUGCCGCGACACCGCCAGGAACUCCGCCUUCCUCACGGGGCUGGCGGCGAGGGUGCCCGCGAGAGGCCCGUCCCAGUGCGAGGUCCAGUGCGAGACGAGCGGCAAGGGCGAGCGGUCGUCGGGCAGGUCCUUCCCCGAUGGGACCGUGUGCGCGUCGCCUUCCAGAUUGCCCUCCUACUGCGUCGCCGGCGUGUGCACGGAGUUCCGCUGCGAGGCCGACGCUCUCUACGGCGCCGACCCUCUCACCUGCCGACCUGACAUGGCGCCCCCGACCCCACCGCCCCCUCGGACCUCCCACGCAAACACGCGCCGCACACCACGCCCCCUCGACACACCACGCCCCAGCCUCCUGCAGGAUACGGCGAGACUGGCGUGUGGGGCCCGUGGAUUCCUGCGUCUACGUGUCGUCUGCGUGUCUUCAGCAAAAGGGAUUCAGCUUGUAAGUCGCGACUGCAGAAGCCACAGGUGCACGGGUAUUAACAGGAACAUUCAGAUUUGCAAUCCUUCUAAUUCGGGCUGCGAGCGAAUCCAGUCGACUUUCGAAUACGCGAGUGAGGUUUGUCGUCGAUAUAUGACAGAGGUAGAUCAGCUGUCUGGGAUUGGCAUGCAGCUGUCAAGUACAAAGGAUGACCCGGACCGCGCCUGCACCGUGGCCUGCCAGGACGCCCGCCUCAACUACCGCUUUUACCGCGUCAACGGCGGCGACGGCUGGUUCCCCUUCGGCACCGACUGCGCCAGGGGGACCGCCGGCCGCUCCGCCUACUGCCUCAACGGGAAGUGUUUGGACUUCUCGAACGAGGGAACGCCCUUGCGCAACACGAUCUUCACGGAGUACGAGCGGCAGCGGUCCUUGGACAUGGAGCCGAUCGAGCGCGCGUAUCCCCUCGAAGUCAACCCGUACCACGAGGACUUCCGGCAGCCAUUUUACCAGGAGUCGUCGCCCCAACAGACCUACCAGUGGCAGACGCAGCACGUUCAGCAGCCGCACCGCCCCCGCCAGAGCACGUGGUUCCGAGGGCGGAGGAAGCGGGAUGUGACGUCAUCGUCUCACCCGAUCUCCAGUACCAUUAGCGAUCAGCUGUUGAUGUCGCUGGUGGACGAGCUCAAUUCGACGCUCAUGUCCAAGGAAACCUCGAGCAAAGUGACGCCGGAUUCCAUAGACUUCCAGAACCCUCUCUUCGUCGGCGAACAGGUCACGGAGAACAAUACGUUCACCCUCAACCCCAAUUCGUUCGAGCUCAAGCCGUUCAACCCCAGCAACCUCACUUCUGAAGGCGGGGUUGACGAGGAGGUCCAGUUCGACGCCCUGCAGGAGUACCGCUGGAGGCUGCGCGUGUCGCCGUGCUCCGUCUCCUGCGGAAAGGGCGUGGAAGAGGUGCUCCUGCUGUGCGUCCAGCGGGACCGAGAGGACCUCCCCGUGGCAGACCGACGGUGCGCCCACUUGUCCCCUCCUGCGUCAGUCGGGUUCAGGCCCUGCUGGAGAGAGGAGCCCUGCCCUCGACGACCUCCUGACGAGGGUCUGUCUGCGUCGCCUGUAGGACGCUGGGUGCUGGGUCUCCUGGAGGGGAUCGUGGACACCCGUGGACUCUGAUCCAGCGUCUGUUUAGAUAGUGUCAAUUUUUUGUAUGUAGUUUUUCUCUAUUUUUUACCCACGGUUUUAUAUGUAGGUGCAUUUUUUAUGGAUACGUUUUAGAUACUGUUUUGUAAUUUUUUGAUGUAGAUAAUGUAGGAUAAGAUUGUUUCGUUUCUUUUUAUGUUUUUUUUUUCUAACUAGCAUCUCUAAAUUUCGUUCUAAUUUUUCUUCUCGAGAUUUCCCCUCUUUUAUUUUAUUUAUUAUUUACCCUCGGGGGAAUUGAAAGCGGCAUUCGUAAAUUCUGUAAGCGGAAGUAUGUACCUGUAUUUUCAUCCUUGCUUUUACCCCUUUUUAUCAGCUUUUCCGCCUCUCCCAUCAACUAUUCCCUACACUCGGCGCCAUAUUCUCACAGCUUUCUUCACUGGUUAUAAGGUUAGAGGUUGUGAUCAGCCAAUCGGUUCUGAACCUAAUCUAGUCUCAGGCUGACCUGCUGCUCGUGGGAAAGUAGUGAAGGAAUGGAAUUUUUAUUUAUAUUAUU